AUGGAAGAAGGUGCUAUCAACAAUCCAUCAACGAGUCAUCCUCAAAGGGCUUCUUCUGGAGAAUCUACCAAUCAACAAAUACCCUCUUCCUUUCCAUCAUUUCCUACACACUUGGAUCAGGGAGCAUCUUUUAUUCAACAAGAAAUAGCUAAUGCAGGAGAUGCUAGCCUUGAGGCUCUGUGGCCGCUUUUCGUUAAAAUUCAGCCUUCUUUAAGCUCUCUUCUACAAGAUUUGGCUAACUGGGAUGCACCUAGGUUAUUACCGGCGCCAAAAUUUGACGACGCCCAAGAAAAUAGCUCAUCACAAGAUGAACUGGAGCAGAUUGUGUCAGAGGUGCCAAGCUCAAGGAGGGAAAGAAUAAUAGAUGAAAAUCGUGCCCAGUGUGGUCCCCUCCUUCAUGCUGCCAUAAAAGGUGAUUGGCCGGCUGCUAAGGCUUUUCUUGAGAAAUACCCACAUUGUGUUCGGGCUAACGUGUCGAAAGAAGAAGGGACGGCACUUCACGAAGCCGUGGUUGCACAACAAACCACUUUUAUAAAAGAAUUGUUGAAACUGAUGACUCCAGAAGACUUGGAGUUGAGAACCAAACAAGGAGCUACGGCCCUUCACUUUGCAGCUCAAUCAGGAAUAGUGAGAAUUGCUGAGCAGCUGGUGAAAAUCAACAAUAACCCGCUAUUGAUUGAUGAUUGCGAUGAAAGGACACCGCUUCAAUAUGCAGUUGAGCUAGGACGCCAUAGAAAUAUGGUCUCCUAUCUAUUCUCUGUGACUCCUCUUAAACAGUUGACUGCUCAUCAACGCUCGGAGCUCCUUCUUUAUGCUGUUUCCUCUGAUUUUUUUGAUAUAGCAUUGAAAAUUUUGGAAAUGGAUCCAAACAUAGCAAAUGCCGAUUCUGAAUGUGGGCCAACAGCUUUGUCAAUGUUGGCCAAGAAAACUUUUGCAAUUGGCAGCACAAGUCAGCUUUCGUUCUGGAAAAGUCGCUUAAAUUCCUGGUUCAUAGGGAUAUGUAACAAAGCUUCGAUGAAGACAUUAGCCCAUCAAUUAGUUGAAGACCUUUGGAAAAUGCUUGGAGUUCCAGACAAACAGUUCUCAUCGAACUUGCUUCGCUAUCAUAUGACUUUAAUUUUUGAAGCUGCAAAAGUUGGAAAUGUUGAAUUUCUAAUUAUACUUGCACGCUCUUAUCCUGACCUUCUAUGGCAAAAAGACGAAAAAAACAUGACUUUAUUUCACAUUGCUAUUGUAUAUCGGCAAGAGAGUGUGUUCAAUCUAAUAUAUGAGAUAGGUACUAACAAGGAUACCAUUGGAUCCUUUCUUACUUCGGAAACCAAUGAAAACAUGUUGCAUUUAGCUGGACAAUUGCCUAGUUCAGAUCGACUAAGUAUCGUAUCAGGAGCGGCCCUUCAAAUGCAACGGGAGUUGUUGUGGUUUAAGGAGAUAGAAAAGAUUGUACCGCCAUCAUACUUGAACCAGAAGAAUUCAAAUGGUCAAACACCUAAGGAGAUAUUUAUAGAGGCACAUACAGAUUUACAAAAAGACGGAGAAACGUGGAUGAAGGACACAUCAAACUAUUCAAUGCUCGUGGCAACAUUGAUUGCCACUGUGAUUUUUGCUGCAGCCUUCACUGUACCAGGUGGCAACAAUCAAGAAACAGGCACUCCUAUUUUUUUGAGAAGUACCUGGUUUAUGGCAUGA